UGUGUUUACUUUACGUCACGCAUCGGUCCUCAGCUAUGCUCAACACAAUCGGCGGAGAAAUCGCGGGACGUCUCGUCUGCUGAGAAACCCAGGAACUAACUGGAAAUUACUUCCUCAGAUUGAGAGUUUCUGCUUUAUGAAGCUGCCCGCCUUCGGCAUUGCGGCUGAAGCGGGUAGAUUCGAACAUAAGGUUGCCCAAAAUAGGCUGCUCCGAAAGCACGGUUAUGGGCGGCUUGCAGUCAAAUAGAAAACCCUCUUACGAUGCGAACGGCGAAGGUAUUAGCAAGAAGUUAGUGGUUUUUUUGUGGAAGUCAAAAUACGAUUGUUGAAUUAUUUAUCUUUUCUUUUCAGUCAAUUUUGAUCAUUUCCAAAUACUCCGUGCUAUUGGAAAAGGAGCGUUUGGAAAGGUACGUACGUAAUGCUCGAUUUGCGGUGGAAAAAUUUGAUUUGUUUCAGCAAGUUGCGUUUGAUUUUAAUCGAUUUUUUUUCUUUAGGUCUGCAUCGUUCAGAAGAAGGACACUAAAGCCAUGUAUGCAAUGAAAUAUAUGAAUAAAUCUGCGUGUAUCAAAAAGGACGCUGUACGAAAUGUGCUUCGCGAGUUGGAGAUUCUCAAAUUCCUCGAGCACCCGUUCCUUGUCAAUUUAUGGUUUGCCUUUCAAGAUGAAGAAGAUAUGUUUAUGGUCGUAGAUCUACUGCUUGGUGGGGAUAUUCGGUAUCAUCUGCAGCAAGUAACCAAAUUUGACGAACCGAGAGUGAAGUUAUAUUUAUGCGAGCUUGGUUUAGCCCUUGGCUACUUGCGAAGCAAGAAAGUUAUUCACAGGUGAUCUUCUUCAGCUUAAACGAUUGUCGAAUUCAUACACUCUGUUUGUUUGCUUUUCUAUUUUAGCCGUUUUCUGACGAUCGCACAACACGAAAUGAAAUCAUUUUCUCUCUUUUCCAGGGAUUUAAAGCCGGAUAAUUUAUUGCUCGACGAGAAAGGUAUGGGGCAAGGUUAAAUUUUAUUGGUCUUGACUUAAUUACAUUGGUUCCUUUUCCUUCCUUUUUAACUUUGUUCCUCAUGGGUAAAAAGCCUUUGUUGUUUUCUGUGAGCGUUUCCGAGUGAACUAUGCUUGUAUUGGUCACCUAUACAAUGCCCGCAGCGCCGAGGCGCACAUCAGUGGUUUUACUAUUAAACUUGCAAUUCAGUCGGGAAAACAAGAAGUACAAAAGAAAUAUUUUUCACUAAUUUUCGGGAAACACAGUCCAAUUAUUUUGGUUAUGGAUAUGUUCGUUUGCCUAAAUCAUAGAACGUUGCUGGGACAACCACUUCAAUUUAGACUCACUCUGUUUACUUUUUUUCAAGGUCAUGUCCAUUUGACCGAUUUCAAUAUAGCGACAAUUUUGGAAGAUGGAAAAUUGGCAACUUCAAUGUCUGGAACAAAGCCAUAUAUGGGUAAGAACAGGGAAGUGGAAUUUAUUAGUUUUAGGACAUUAUUUGCAACUGUUCUUAAAAAUGAAGAAUGCUUGCAAAUAUGCAGCUGUCACUUUAUCAUAAGAGCUCCAUGAGGAGGCCUCCUACACCUAGGUGUGAGGCUCUGCCAGGGGGGGCUCCCAUGUCGCUGGUCUGAAUUUUAAAACAUCUCGUGUCGGUGUUUAUUAAUGCUUCACGUCGCUGUCGUAAAUUGAACGAAAAUUUUUUGUCUUUGUCGGAAUUUUAGAAAUUAAAAGGGGGAUAGCGAUGCGUUGUAAAGAAACCAUUACAGUUGUGCAAUUUCUCAGUUAACCUUUCGCGUAUAGAACACCUAUACAUCACCAUUCACAAUUAAGGGUGUGUUCCUUUCAGUGAAUCCAAAAACGGAUUUUUGAUCUUAAAAUGGAUUUCGCGUUCCUUUCGGCAAAUCCAAAUUCGGAUUUUUGAUCUGGUGAAUCCUUUUUGAAAAAGGAUUCACAUUGGAUUUGAAAUCCGAAGAAUCCGAAUCCAGAUUAACGGAUUAGUGAUCUACGCUGUUCCAUUCACAGUGGAUUCGAAAUUAGUCAGAUGAUCCAGCUGUAUCCCAGUUGAAGUAUUCCCGUAGAGUUUCCUAACUACUGCCAUUUGCCGUAAAACAUCUGAAAACACUAGAAGAUUGUUCAUAGUGGUACAGUGAAAACCCGCGAGUAAGAACCUGAAAAUUAAGAACCUGUUAGCCUAAAAUUUGCCGUUUAUAUCCCCUAUAAACAAGAACCUGUUUAGCCUAGAAAAUGAAAAAUAGGUUCUUAUUUUUUAAAAUCAUAUUAUUGAAAUGCAGCUGCAAAACUGUGCAAGAAUCCUGUUUGGAGAAUUAGGAACUUGGCAUUGCUGUGCAAAUAAACGUGCUAAUUUAUUGAUGUAAUAAAAGAAUAAAGUGCAAAAGGUUAAUGUCGUUGUAUCGCAUUUUGAAAUUGACAAAUAGGCUGAUUACCAUCUUGUUUUGUAGGUUGUUUUUUUUUUUAUAAUUUUUUUUUACAGAAAUAAGAACCUAUUUAAGAACCUAAACAGCCUAAAACUGUGUUAACUACCAUUUAAAUAAGAACCUGUUUAGGCUAACUCCAGAAAAUGUAGGUUCUUACUCGCGGGUUUUUACUGUACAGUAAAAUAUCCAUGUGUGGACCAUUUGUCGCUAAAGAUUGCUUAAAAACACAAAUAAGUAAAGGGACAAAUAACUGCUAUCUUUCUACAAACUCGCUUGUGGACGCGAUAGGCACUCGAUCGUGUUACAUAAAAAACCGAGCUACGAAACUGGAUCAAACUAACCCGACAACCUUUAGUAAAUUUUCAACUUUAACGCUCUCCUUUCUUGAUCUGUUUAUGCCCCAUCGUCGUUAUUCGAACUGCCGACCACAAAAUUCUGCACGGUAUAAUCACAUAAUUAAACAUGUCAUUUCUUGAGAGGCUCAGGCUGUCAUGCAUAUUGCACACGUUUGCGAAAGGUUACCAAGGUCACAAAUCCAAUUUCGGAUUUCACGUUCCUUUCGACUGCGAAAUCCAGCAAAUCUCGGAUCAGAAAUCUGUUUUUGAAUUCGCUUAAAGGAACACUGUCAACGCACCCUAAGUGAUCCACGUUCAACAUUUUUUAAAAUGUUGAACGUGAUAAAUCGUACGUGAAGGCCGGUUAAUGGUGGUCUACUCUGUGAGAGCGGUUGGAAGGUCAGUGGUUAGGUUGCCUGGUCCCUGGUCUCUCCACCGUCGUCACCGUCCGACAGCGGUCGACAGGGAUGUGAGAAGUUCAGGAAAAAGCAAAGUAUUCACCAUUUUCACACAGACCAUAAAGCACCUUGUUUACCCCCCAAAACUUGGCAUAACCAUUGUUUUCGAUUUCUCUUGGAACGACUGUAUUAAAAAUACCCUGGAGAAUUUGAAAACAAUGGUUAUGCAAAAUUCUGAGGGGGAAAACAAGGUGCAUUAUGGUCUAUAUGAAAGUAGUGAUUACAAGAGAUGUAAAGUGUGCGUAAAAUUAAACUAUUUGACGGACAACCUAGUUCCAAGGUCUCCCGGGAGUUGUGCGGGGUUACGUAAAUGAAGACUAUGCAAUGGGCCAACGCGACGCGCUCAGGAGAGUCCACUGAGACUCUCUGAAGAGAGAACAUUACUUCUUUUUGGCAUGCAGACUGGUGAUAAGUAAGCCAAACCACCAUUCUUUGUCGCAUAUUCUCAGCUUUGCCAUCACUGUCGCAAUUUGGUCGAAGGAGGUUGUCGCUUGUCGCGAUUUCAUUUUAGGCUCUGUCACUACUUUUUGGGUACAAUACAAUACAAUACAAUGUUCUUUAUUUUGAGAGGGUAGAUAUACAUGAUUAACCCAGUUAAGAGUUUUCUAACACAUGGCCCUCUAAAUGUCACUUGUCGGAAUUUACCCUGGCAGGGCCUCAGGUGUAGGAAAGGUGCUGAAAAAAGAGUUAGGAUACAGUGCGAGCCAGCGAGCCAUGCGAAAGAAAAAUAGAAAAAAAUAGAAAAAGCAAUAAAAAGAAAAAAACAACCGAAAGCUAACCAUUGUAAAUCAUUGUUUAAUGCCAAAAAGCGCUGUAAACCCUAAUCAGUCAAAGUAGAUCAAUACUGCGUGAUUCUGCAAAUAUUCUAUCAGCAAAACCUCGAAACUGAGCAGGAAACAUUUUUCAUGCAUUUUCAAUUUCAUAAAACUCUAGUUUUCCCAUGGCUCACAGAUAAUUUGUCUGGACCCCGAAAAAAGUAGGUCAUAAAGUUGUGACAAAUCGAAUCAGUUCUAGCCAUUGCAUGAAAGGUAGCUUCACAGUAAUAUUUCUCUCCCCAUACUGAAAAGGAGCUCACUCAAAGGGAAGAACAGGCGGAUUUCUAGGUCCAGUCUCCAGCCAUUGAUGUUGAAAUAUGCCCGCGCUGUACUCCCUAUCCAAAGGCUAGGCGCAUGGGCUGAUCGAGCUAUUGCUAAAAUUGACCAAUCAGAGGCUAGCCCACUGAAUUUUGAUUUUCAAACAUGAAAUAACCAAAAAGGUUAAGAGAAUGUUAUGUUGUUGCUCUAAGUUAAUUAAAAGAACUUUACAUUACUUGACCUGAAAUUUAGUUUUGGAAAAUUUCAGUGAAAUAGAACUCAGAACAUCCAUCAGGACAAUCAUGGUAACCCCGGCCCUUCUUUCUAUUACAUUUAUAUAUAAUUAUUAAAAAUUUCCUUGCCUUUCUACAUUGUACAAUACUGUAGAAAGUUUCAUCAGGAGUCUAGGGAAACAAGUCUAUAUUAAUGCAGGGUUGAAUUGGUAAUAUUGCUAUUCUUUGUCUUUGUAGCACCUGAAAUAUUUGCUACAGCUCGCGAGGAAACACAAGGAUAUUCAUUUGGUGUUGACUGGUGGAGUUUAGGUGUUUGUAUCUAUGAAAUACUUAGAGCGAAGGUAAGCAGAUGAUCAGGUGCAAUGUUUCAUCACCAGAUGAAACACUGAGAAGAGAGUUGAGAAUACUGUACAACGCACAGUAGAGUAUUUUUAACAAACUUUGAGGGGUAUCAUCUGGUGAUGAAACACUGUGUUGAAUGCUUGAUAUUACUUCUCAAAGAAAAUGAUUUUAGAAAGAGAAAUUAAGGAUGCAAAAAUGAGGAUCAUUAAACAUUAAUUUCCAUUGAAUUUUCUUUAUAAAAUAUUAAUGAGUUUGAGAAUAAAAAUUCCAGUAGCAGGAGAAUAUUUUGAAAGAGGCUCCACGUCUGAGCAAAAAAUAGUCAUAGGCUACCAAACGUUAGCCAGAGAAUUGCCAUCCUUAAAGAAAUGCCAAGCAGAGUAGCCGGCCCAUACUAACCAAGCAUGCCGCAAUUUUGCCAGCAGCUGGCUACUUUUGAGAGCCCUGUAGUAGACUUUUAAUCUACCAGUUACUCAUUAACUCGUUAAGCCUCAAUAUUAACAUACACAUUUUUCACACUGAUAUCUUAAAUAAAUAAUUACUUUAGAGAGUGAUAAAAGAUCAAAGCAUUUCCCCUUUGCUGUUCAUUCAAUCACUUCUGAUAACCUCUUCUCUUUUUUAUUUAUUGUUAUAAUGAAUAUUGUUAGGAGAAAUUUGAUGUUGGUCACUCUUGGGAAUUAAAGGGCUAAUACCUUGUUAAGUAUGCAACAUGGACUCAGUCCCUGUACAUGGCUGCGCGGAAAUACAAAAUUUCUCAUCUAGUGUUGAAAAAUACUUCUUCAACACAAGAAGAGAAAUUUUGUAUCUCCAAGCGGCCAUGUAAUGUUCUGUUUAUUAUAUAAACACCAAUGAAAUACCAAACCAUUUCACUUUUAACAGAUUUUCGUUGUGAAAGGCGCGAUUUAUUAUGUAGCCAUAGCAAUGGUCAUCUUUUCCCGUGUGAAGAUAUCAUGUUUUCACAUGAAAGCUCACCUGGUAUGUCAUUGGUGUUUAUAUAGAAAGAUAGUUUAAUAUAUGAAUAUAAAUACUAAUAAUAAUAACAUUGAACUUGUUAUUUAAUAACACUGAAUAUUGCUUUUUAACUUACUUCAUUCCAGAGACCUUAUGAGAUUCAUGCCAACACAGGCCUUUCUGAUGUCCGGCAAAUAUUUGCCUCAGAAUCAAUCCAUUACCCAUCUUCUUGGUCAAGAGAAAUGAUACAUGUCCUCCACAGAGUAGGUUCAGUACUGUUCCCUAGAGUUUAGUUUUGGCACUUUAUUAAUUAACCCAUUCGCCCCUGAGCCGCCUGUAACUGCCUGUGCAGAUCCACGUCCUUUCUACUGCUUGUGAUGUCAUCAGUUUUCAUGGUCAAGGACAACUUUGUCCGCUAACUUGUGCAGAGUGAAGAGAUCUUUCGAACCAUACCAAACUCAACUGGCCUGUUGGACUGAAUCCUACUCGUUUGAGUAGGAUUCACACUCAAAUCCCUUCUCAUCCCGCUGCACAAGUUAGGUGUCAAAGUUUUGCCGUAUGUUAAAAUAAUGAUUUACAAGCGGUACUAGGGAGCUGGUUCCAAGCAGGCAGGCAAUUCCAUGCUAUUGAGGAGUGAAUGUGUUAGUUGAUGGUAUGUUCUAAUAAUAACUAUUGUUUCCAAAUACAGCUUCUUCAACAUGAUCCUACUAAAAGACUUGACACUAUAGAGGCGCUGAAGCAAGAAAGUCUCAUGGCAGAUGUUGACUGGGAGGCUGUAGAAGCUGUUAAUGUCCAACCUUCCUUUGUACCCCCGGUAAGCUGUUUCAGCCAUUUCAGUGGUUCAGUCCGCCAACCUCCCCUUAUCAACCUCCCAAAAUUUGAAGAGUUUGUGGUUGCUUACAGGAGCUGAUGGCUAACAAGAGUUGAAAUACAUCCGAGGUCUUUUAUGAGGAGAAGUCCAGACUCAUCUACUUUUUGGAGAGAAUGUAUUGCAUGCAAUUUUUAGGCUACAAUUUAUUAUAUUAUGAAAAAAAUCCAUGUUGUUAGUUUGACCAGUUGAUAUGAAAGGUCUGAGACAUUUUAGAGGUAGGAUCAAUGGGUAUGACCUUACAUUGUCAGGGCUGUCAAAAAGUUUUUAAGUGGCAGGCUGAUAAUGAAUAGUAGGUGGCUUUGGAACUCGCACCAAAGGCACAAGUUCUUGAGGGCCGAGGCAUCUAGGGACAUUUUGGAAUUUAGAGUCUCGGAAAUGCCAUUUCCAGGGGUUUUCAAGAGGUAUUUUUCCACCGUGGACACCAUGUUGCUACAUCAGAAUACACACAAGACUGCGAACAAUGUCGCCGCAAUGUUCGAAUGUUUCACAGAUCUAAACCUGUUUAAAUACACGAUCAAUGUCAUUCAUAAUCAUUAUUCAAUGGUACUUAUUUUUCGACUUCAUUGUACUUCUGGAAUGCUGCUCCCUCACCCCCAAAUCAACCCCUGAGGCUGUUAAAAAAUAUAUAUUAUUUGUAUCUUAUAAUUUAUUCAUCGAUUAAGAUGUAUUUUUGGUCCUUCCUCGGGGCUGUCAUUAAGUUUUGAAGCAGCUGUAGCAAAUGAAGAUUCACCCGUAACAUCUCACAAAAACUUGUAGUGCCACCUUAAUGGCCUUCCACUUUGAUCACCCGUAGCAUCAAGUGAGCUCAACCGUAACAGGUGUUACAGGUUACAGCCCUUGAUGACAGCUCUGCUUCCUCUUGGAGAUUUAUAAUUUUAAUAGUGAAUUAUUAUUUCUUAAAAAUUGAUUUAUUAGAAGGACCACUUGAACUGUGAUCCAACCUAUGAGCUGGAAGAAAUGAUCAUAGAAACCAAACCACUUCACAAGAAGAAGAAGAGGCUAAAAAAAUUGUCCAGCAAAGUUGUAAGUAAGAAUUUAUGAAUAAUUAAGUUGUGAGUAAGAAAAGUAAAAAAAAAAAGAAAAGAAAAAAAGUAAAGAGCCUAGAAGAAGUUUCCCAGGUGGCUUGGCCUGCCUCGCAUUGCCCAGUCACUCACAUCAUAGGCUGAGUGUCUUACAGUAAACUCGUAUAGUAGCUGCUAGUGGCAUUCAUGUCUUCCUAGCUUACUGUUAACAUGUUACUCUUAACAUGUCUGUUGAACUCUCAUCUGUGACACAUGUCAUUUUAUUUUCAAGAAUUCAAAACUUUGACUUUGUAUCUGUUAUAAGUUACUGUAACCAGUAAAAACUGUUCUGUUUUCAGACUGUCCAACUUGAAUCACUGAGGAAUCAUGUGAGCUACUAGCUGGUUCUGGGGGCAUUUGCCCCUAGAAACUUUUGAAAUCUUGAAGCUCUGAAAUGCCAUUUUCUACAAUGAAGUCUUCUAAGAGUACAAUUUUUGUCUAAACCGAUUGCCAUUUUUAUGCCUAUUUUAUUUGCGUGCCUCCAUGUACAAUAAAGUACUUGAUUUUAGAGUAUUCUGGAUAUCAGGAGUGUACUCUGUUAGGUGUUCUUGUAUAAGUGUCAUAAGGAUCCAUUUGAAAAUUUCAGAACAGAUGUUUAAGUCUGACUUUUUUCUAUCCUGAUCACAUAUAUUUGUCAGGAUUUGGGAUUUUCAAGCAAAAUCAGGAUGGUUGGACAGUUUGUGUUCUGGAAGCAUUUGCUGACAUGUCACGUGCAUGCAAGGAGAUAACAUUGGCCGAAUUUAUACCAGAGACAAAUUGUCCAUCUGAGAAGGGUAAAUCAUCUAGGUAUAAAUCCGGUGUUCAGCAAAAUUUUGGCCCCAAAUUUGUCUCGUCAGUCAGCACAUCUACAAGACGUGCUGCGAGACAAAGACAAGAAGUGAAGAUGAAUUUAGCACCAGAAUUUCUCAGAUGCAUAAUUUGUCCUAGAUGGAUGAUUAGUAUAAAUUCAGCUAUUUUUAUAUAACACCUGCCUGUAGUUUUGAAUUGCCUGAGAAGUUAUCAACAGUAUUUUUAACCCUGAAAGAACCGAAAGAAAAAAAACACACCUUAAGGCUAACAUAUUUGAGGAUCUUUACCUUUUAAAAGUUAUUUCAACAGCAGUAUGCUUAUUGUGGAUGGUCUCAUUGAAAUUGUUUCUUUUUAGGAAAGUGAUGAAGAAAAGGACCCAGCACAAAUUUGUUUAGAACAAAUUAAGAAAGACUUCAAGAUUUAUAACAGGGAAAAGUGA